AUGUCUUCGCGAGAUCAGUCCCUCAGCUCUAAUAACCCCUUUCGUCGGAAGCUAGGCUAUCCUUCUCUCUCAACCGACGGCCCCGCCUCGGCACCCGCCUCGAGUUUUAAUAACCCCUCCGAUCCUAUUCCACGAACACCAUUUACGACUUUCAAGUCAGCCUCACAUAAAGAUGACGAGCACGACGAGUACAAGGCGCACGAGGGGAGAGAGAAAGAGGCGGCGCCGGUACAACAUAAGCCGAAGAAGGUUAUCAAAAGAGUCCGAGUCCAAUCACCACCUCCAUCGUCACCCGAGGAGGAUGCCGUACCCGUCAGCCGUUUUCCUUCCGUAAGCGAUGACGAUGACGAUGGAUAUGAUAGUGACAAUAGUGAUCUACCAGAGUAUAUUGAUCACAUUGAUCCACGCGGCACAGAUUCCUUUGCUGUGCAAGAUCGGGAUAGCUCUGAGUUUGGCCGAAUAGAGCCUCCAGCGAAUCCCUUCACCAAGACGCUACAGGAUUUAGAGCAGUCCGAGCAAGAGCAAAGUGCUAAAGCACUGACAAAAGGGGCCCUUGAUGUUGACUCGUUCAAGAGACUUCUAUUAACAGGAUACGCAAAUAUCCCGAGCCACCCAUCCGCGUCAGCACCCGAAUUAGGAGGGUAUCCUAGGGUUCAAUCGCCCUUGCAUGGCGGCGAGACUAGUACGGACGCACGUCCUAGAACACGCCAGUCUAUAUUUGAUGCCAUGCCAAAAGAAAACUCGAGAAUCUCACAAAAGAAUUAUGGAUCGGAAGAUCCUGGGGAGCGAAGAAGCGCCCUGUCCACGUCUCCCCUUUCCUCGGCCGCUCCCUCCUCCAUAAAGAAAAAGCCACCGCCUCCUAGCUCGCGGCAUGGAAAACUGAUAAAGAUCGAGUUGGGAGCAGGUAUAGAAUCUCGUCCCACUAGAAAUUCAACACCUCCUGUAUCUAUAAAUGUUACCACCCUACCUUCUACUGGACCGUCACGUAAACCCAACUCCCAGGCGGGCAGCCCGUCACAACCUCCGCUUUUAACAACUGAUGUAAACAAACCGCUCCCGCUAACACCUUUCCGUCCCUCUGUGGAAGAGGCAGUUGAUUCCCCAUUCGAUCGCGAGGCUAUAGGAAAGGUUCCCGAACCCUUCGCUAAUCCGCAGGCGAAUUCCGAACCGCCAGCAUCAUCCCUAGCUACUCAGGUUUCCUCUGAGUCGAACGGCACCACGCAGUCUCGCAAGCCCGCAGCCCCUCCGCCACGCCGACACGGAAGAAGCGAUAGUAGAGCACCUUCCAUUAAUACUACGAAUGUAGAUGAAGAUACCCCGCCGAGAUCAUCACUAGAGUCGAACCGGUCGCGAACUGAUAGUCUACGCGCGAAUACUAACCUGGGUAAUAAUCCAAACGUACCCGCUCCACCACCUCCUCGCCGGCCAAAUCAUGCCAGACAGGGGAGUUCGUUUACGAGUCCAAACCAGGGGAAUUUUACUCCGGCCUCUACUAUAGGGCUGGUCGAGGACAACCGCAGCCCAAUAGGGACGAGUUUUGGGUCCGUGGUCAAAAUUGGGCAGACAGAAGCCCCGAAUAGUCUAGCGAAUAUAACCAUAAACAAGGAAGGCCUGUCCAAACUAUCCCCGCCACCCCCGCCACCUACUAGACAAGCCAGCACGAGACGCCCACCAAGUGUCAGGAGUAUAGAUCUUAGCAGCGGGCCUAGCAUAAUAAGACGAGUUAGUAAGGAGAAAGAUGGAACAGUGCCACCUCCUCCACCACCUCCCCCGAGACAACGUGGUAGUAGCCGUGCGAGCGUGGAAAAUUCAGCUAUGCUUGCAGAGAGCAUGGAUAAUACAAGCGGUGACACCCAGAAGGAGGCCACAAUUUCCACUCCAACUACUGCUGAGGCUGCGAUUGAUACCAAGCAAGGAGCGGAGAUAUUGGCGGACCUCGACGCAUUGCAAAGGGAGGUCGAUGCUCUGAUGGGAAGAUACGGAAAUGCUGGCGGGAGCUGA